AGCUGGUGAGGCAGCUGUUUGUGUUCAGGGGGCUGCUUAGGAGCUUACCUGAGAUUUUGAUCAAAAACCAUGAAGGACAACAUGUGACUUGGCUCACAGCGGAGGUGUGCGCAGUCCAGGAGAAGCUGGAAAAGCAGCUGGCAACCAGCGAGGAGGAAAAGAACUCCAAUUUUUAUGGGCUGAAGGUGUCUCUUGGAGAGAAAGAGCUGCAGACACUUAACAGCAAGGAGGAGCUCAGACAGCAACAGCUGCUCAGCGCCACCCUCAGCACACACCUGGAGCUGCAGGAGUGUUUGAGCAGGAGAGCAGAGGAGUUUGUGACGUCACUGUCCUCCCUGACAGAGAAGCUGCUGCAUCUCCUGGAUGAGCUGCUGAUAGCUGAAGAACCUGAUCCAGCAAAACCUCCCAGCGCUGUAACCACAGCAACAGAGGCAGGAAGUGAGCUUAGAGGAAGCAGGGAAUGGCUCGCUAUUGCUCGCCGUCUUGCAAACCUUAACUUAGCAGAAUCCUUUAUCCCAAGUGCAGCAUCCAUCACCACAGCCAGGAGCAGCCGGAAUUUGGUUAUUGAGCAGAGAGAUGCAGCAUUAAAGCGCUUUCAGCAGCUGAUCCAGUCAGAGGAGUCCAGUUCUGAUGUCAGCAAACAGAAACAACUGGGCAAACAGCACAGCUGGACGUCCUACUGGAAACAACAGAUUCUCGCUAUGAGGAAAUUCAAAGGCUAUGUGACACCGAGUGAAGACAAUUGAUUUGCUGUUUUGUUUCUGUAUUUAUAGGUGUUGUUCAGCAGGGGGACGACGAUGCUGUAAAGUCGGCUGUUUAUCUGCUCUAGUUUUGAUGCAUUAAGAUCUGUUAUUAGCAUCCCUGCUUGUUUGAUUUGUUCAUUGUUAUAUGUUAUAUUUGAUCUUUUGGAACAUUAAAGUUGAUUUAAACAGCUUCAAAUGGAACAAUAACCUCAUUUUAUUAA